AUGUCGUCGGGAAAAGUCAAGACUGCCCAGCUCUGGGGCAAGAACAAGGAGGAGUUGGCCAAGCAGCUCUCUGAGCUCAAGGCUGAACUCGGCCAGCUCCGCAUCCAGAAGGUUGCCUCCUCCGGCUCCAAGCUGAACAAGAUCCACGACCUGCGAAAGUCCAUCGCUCGUGUCUUGACCGUCACCAACGCCACUCAGCGCAACCAGCUCCGCCUCUUCUACAAGAAGGCCAAGUACCUGCCUCUCGACCUCCGCCCCAAGCAGACCCGUGCCAUCCGCCGCCGAUUAUCACCUGAGGACAAGGCCCGUGUUCUGGAGAAGACCAAGAAGCGCAACACUCACUUCCCCCAGCGCAAGUUCGCCAUCAAGGUACGACCGUCUUGA